AUGAUUUUACUUCUAUUUUCUGUGUUUGCCCUACUACAUAUCACAACAUCUGAUCGCAAUCUUAUAGAUGGGUCUUACGGAAGCUGUAACUAUUCGUCACCUUACUUGAUAUUUAACACCGAUUUCCUCGCAUCUACACCACAUCGACAACAACGAUUGUUGUAUGGAAUACGAACGUUAACCACGCCUGAGAAAAAUCGAAACUUUAUAAUAAGGAACCUUGAAUUAGCUCAGCUAACAGAACGUCAGAAAAUAGGGCACGUAGAAUCACGUUCAAAAUACGACGAAAAUCGUAAAACUUUUAGAAGGAAUCUAAACAGAAUUUUAACCAGUUCUUCGGAAGAGAUUGUAGGACAUUUUAGGGACAGAAUUUUUGUUUAUGAAUCUGAUUUCCUGAACAACAUUUAUAAAAAAUUUAUAGGUUUCUCAAUUCGUUAUAGUAAUAGAAAAAAUGUAGCUUACACAAAUCGUUAUGAAGAUAGACGUAUAAGCGGAUUCAAUUAUAACUACCAUGAUGAUAGAAAUGGACGAAAACGUGACUUACUUGAACACGUCGAACGCAAGCCUAAACGUCAUGCCAAUACAGACAGCUUAAGGGAUUAUUAUUAUAGGGACUAUAAUAGAUAUACAGAAAGGAAAGUAUUACCACAAAAGUUGGUAUUAGACAGAAAUGCUUACCGCAAAGCUAACUUACAAAAUAUUAGAAAAAUAAUGACUGGCAAAGAGACUACCUUUAAUCAAUUUGCUGCGAAUCGUUUUUCAGAAUUUAAUACACAUCGCAAUUUAGGUAAGCAAUUAUCUCAAAAUGAAUUACGUACUAUUACCAGCCGUGAUAAGGCAAACAAGGAUAAAAUGAAUAUAAAUUACAGCAAAAGAGUUUCGAAGGAAAUUAGCAGACGCUUACUUACUCGCGAUGUAGAUUAUUUUAAUUCAUUGACAGAAAAUCGAAAGAGACAUGAACGUGUCUACAACAGAGAGGUAAAUGAAGUAGGCAGAGGUACUCGUGACAUAAAACUAAAACUACGUGAAGCAUCUAGAUUUAGGGAUUAUGUACGAACUAAGCGCGACGAAAUGUCAAGAAUACGAAAAUACCGACAAAACAUUGAACAGUUUGAUAUACAUCGUAAAAGGGAAGAUGUAAACGGCCUUAGACGUACUUUUUCUGCAGAAAGGUAUACGACACGAUAUAUUUCAAUUGAUACUAAAAUUCAAUUUGACAGAAAAAAUGAUAACUACAAUGUCAGGUAUAAUAGAGACAUGAAAAAUAGAAUAAUUUCAGAACAUAACGAUAAUAAAAACAGACGUAUCAGUGGUAACCGAGAAAGUUUUAACUUUGAAAAAACAAACAGACGUAUGAGUAUAUUUGAGUUCAGAAAUAACAACGGUCAAAGAAAUGUUCAGAAAAAUAGGCUUAGUCUUUGGCGCAGUUUUACUAGACGAUUUUUAGAAAGAGAUAACGGAAGAAGAUCUCGAGAUAAUUUCUCGAUAGAACAUUAUCAAGUACGAUACCAGAUAAGAAGAUCACGAAGAAUCCAGCAAAACUUUGAUAAUGCCUCAGACAGAAUUUCGAGAAGUAAUCGCCUAACCUUUAGUUUAGCUUCAGAUGUAAUUGAAAGCGAUGAAAAUAGACCAAAAUUAAUAGAUGUAGGAUUCCGUAUUGAUAAUAUUGUGUCUAGACAACGACAAUCACCUAAAGUCAGCACGCACAAUAAACGUGAUAUAAAAGAUGACAACAUUUCUAUGUUUAACAAUAUACGACAUAGCUUAAAAAAUCGACUCAGGGUACGGGAAGGUCGCGAUAGGACGAUAUCUAGAAUAAAAGCAAACAUGAUAUCAUCAAGAAGUAAUAUACGAAUUGCAAGAAUAAGUACUGAUUAUGUUAUUAACCAAAGAUCACGCAGUAAUGAAAAUUGUGCUGCAAAUAAUCUACAAGUAACCCAAAAACUUAACGAUGAAAGAAGAUCAACUAAACCAAGCCAGGAAGAUAAGUCUAUCAAUAUGCGACGAAUUUAUCCGACAAAUGAAAUUCGCUAUUUUACGAUAAACAUUUUCAGACGGAAACAACCUAGGACAUAUAAAAUUCUGUAUGGAAAUAGUGUCUUUGAAAUCAAAUGGCAAUAUCUAUUUUACGCGCUACAGUUUGUAUAUUUAAUUAGCAUUAUUAUACAAUUUCCCAAAAAUAACAAAGGAAAAAAUAGGAUUUUCGCGUGCAAGACACCUGCAGAAUAUUUAAAAAGUGAUUGAAUAUGUUUUCUCACGACUUGAUAUAAAAUUAAUACGAUGGAAAAAUUUACGAAAGGAUUUUUAAAAUGUUAAUCUCCGCUUAGUCUUAAAAUAUUUAUGCAAAACAAAAUAAAAAUAAAUACGUUGUAA